GAUGGUGAGGAUAAAAUAAGUUACAUAAUCUCACACUGCAAGGAAGAUAAGGUCGCUAUUCUUGAAUUUGCUGUUAAAACUCUAUUAGCAAAUCAAGAUUACCAAGCUCUCUCCCUCAACUUUGACCUCUAUGUGAAUGAUCCUAAGGAAGAUAAACUCAUAGAAUCAAUUGAAGAGAUCUCUAAAUAUUUCGAUAAGCCUCUCGUUUUAGAUUAA